ACAAAUAGAAAAAAUUAACUAUGCUGAUAUAGAAGAUGAAGAAUACUAUUCAGAUGAAAAUGAAGUUUAUAUUAUUUACACUCCUCAUUCUAAACCUUAUAGAGGACAAGAAGAUGAAGAUUUAUUCUAUAACCUCUGGACUGAAAUCAUUACUGAAAAGAACCUAGCAGCCUAUAUUGCGUUUACUGCUGAAGUUGAAGCUCAACCUUCUACUAUGCAA